GAUUACCGAAACAUCGCUCUCCACACUGCUGUGCAUGCUUCAACUGAAUCUUGCCCUUCUAUGAAAACAAGCGGGCGGCCCUUUCCAGAAACUAGGAACUGGGAAAUUUCAACUCUAGGACCAUUCCAGAUAAAUGGUACCAAGAAGAAUUUGGCUGUAGUCUUAUGCUUGCUUUGGUGAUAUUCUGAGACAGAAAUUGGAUUAUCAGCCUAAUGCAAGUUUCAAGACCUUGGAAAUCUAGAUUUUCUAUGUUAAGCUCUUCAUUUGUUUCUUUUGGACAUUCCUUCUGCGAUGAGCUGCGUAAGAAGUGUGAGAAAAGAGCUCCUCCAAGCAACUGAAAUAAAAGGUAACCCCUACUCUGUGUCUGUCAUUAAGGAAGGCUACAGCUUCACAGACCAUGAGGGCAAUUCACGAGCUGACGGCACGAUUACCCUUAUCAGUGGACCGGUUGUGAUCCUCGUGGACACUGGUGGACCAUGGGAUCGGCUGCAUAUCCUCAAUGCCUUGGCCUCCCGGGGGAUGCAACCUGAGGAUUUAUCCUAUGUUAUUUGCACACAUGGACACUCAGAUCAUGUGGGAAAUCUGAAUUUGUUUCCGUCUGCCACCAUUGCUGUGUCUUUUGAUAUUUCACAAGGAGACACUUACCUAUCUCAUGAGCUAGCAGAGGGAAAACCUUUCAUUAUUGACCAGCACAUUGAGAUUCUCCCCACCCCUGGUCACACUGGCAGUGACACGAGUGUUCUAGUAAGAGGUACAGAGCUGGGGACUGUUGUUGUGGCGGGGGACCUUUUUGAGAACUAUAAUGAUGAAGAUGGGUGGAGAGCUGUUAGCGAGAACUCUUUAGUACAGCAGUGCAGCCGUCAGAGAGUGAUGGAAAUUGCCAAUGUUAUCAUACCUGGACAUGGAGGUGCUUUCCAGGUCUACCAUGACAAUAAGCCACCAACUGGAGUAUGAGUUCUGCCUGUGAAUGUGGGCACCAUUUUAAUAUAGUUUCUGUUACAAGGUGAAUGCUUUACCUUGUUAAAAGUGUUCUAAAACUGUUAUCAAAAUAAAAUGUAUAGUGAAGUUAUUCUUUAUUAUUUUUA